AUGGCAUCGGUUUCAAAAGAAGCGAUAAAAUUGCCAUCGCUUUCACCUUUCGGAAACGCUGUAGCAGGUUCUUUAGGGGCACUUUUUGCUUUGGCUAUCGUUUAUCCUUUGGAUAUUAUAAAGACUCGACUUCAAGUUCAAUCAAAAAGUGCAUCAUCGGCCAAUGAAAAUUAUUAUGAAUCAACAGGAGACGCGAUAUAUAAAAUAUUUAAAAGAGAAGGGAUUUCUGGGUUAUAUGCAGGAUUACCAGCCGGAUUAAUUGGAGUUGCAUCAACAAAUUUUGCAUAUUUUUAUUGGUAUUCAUUUUUACGUACGAGGUAUCAAAAUACCAUAACGAAAAGUUCGAAUACACAACAAUCCUUGUCAACAAUAUCAGAAUUAUUAUUAGGAGCGUUAGCGGGUGCGCUUGCUCAAAUAUUUACAAUUCCUGUAUCAGUUGUAACGACAAGACAGCAAACGGCACGCAUUGAAGAAAGAAAUGGAUUGAUCGAUACAGCGAAAGAAAUUAUAUUAGAUGAUGGUAUUCCAGGAUUAUGGAAAGGGUUAAAACCCAGCUUAAUAUUAUGUGUUAAUCCUGCUAUUACAUAUGGAGCUUUCGAGAGAUUUAAGGAUAUAGUUUCAAAAAGGUUAUCAACUAAUGGAGAUAAUCAACAAUCACUUGGUCCUGCUAUCAUUUUCUGGUUAGGAGCUUUAAGUAAAACUAUUGCUACUAUCAUUACUUACCCUUAUAUUAUGGCUAAGGUUAGAUUACAAUGUAAACAAUCAAAGGAUGAAGAUAUAUUUGAUGAGCGUUAUGAAAAACUUGAGGAGGAUUAUUUUAACAUAGUUGAAAGCAAUGAAAGAAAAUCCAUUAAACAUGUAAGAUAUACCGGUGCGAUUGAUGUGUUAAAAAAAGUCUUGGAGACUGACGGUAUCCUUGGAUGGUAUAAGGGGAUGCAAGCGCAAAUUACAAAAGCUGUAUUAUCCCAAGCUUUAUUAUUUUACGUUAAAGAAUAUACAACUAAAUAUACCAUAUUGCUUUUCGCUUUAUUCGCAAGAUUGGCAUCUAAUAGAAAACGAGUAGUAUCGUAG